CCGGACGGUCUCAUCGGAGCUGCUCUCGCGCCGCCGGCCCGGGGGGUUCGCCUACCAUGGUUGGAGCCGGCGUCUUGUGGCUCUUCCUCUCACUCGACAAGGUGUUCCACACCUGGGCUGGUCCUUCUUCCCUGGCUGCCCAGGAGCCGCAUGGUUGGCGGACCCCAGUGGACUGUGUCCGUGCCAAUGAACUCUGUGCCGCUGAGUCUAGCUGCAGCUCGCGGUACCGCACCUUGCGUCAGUGCGUGGCUGGCCGUGACCGCAACACCAUGUUGGCCAACAAGGAGUGCCAGGCAGCCCUGGAGGUGCUGCAGGAGAGCCCGCUCUACGACUGCCAUUGCAAGCGUGGGAUGAAGAAGGAACUCCCGUGCCUUCAGAUCUACUGGACCAUCCAUCUUGGCCUGACAGGGGGAGAAGAGUUUUAUGAAGCUUCCCCCUAUGAGCCAGUCACCUCUCGUCUCUCUGAUAUAUUCAGACUCGCUUCAAUUGUCUCAGGAAUGGAUCCUGCCACCAACUCCAAAAGCAACCAUUGCCUAGAUGCAGCCAAAGCCUGUAACCUGAAUGACAACUGCAAGAGGCUCCGUUCAGGCUACAUCUCUACCUGCAACAAGCUCUACGACACCUACCGCUGCAACCGCCGCAAGUGCCACAAAGCCCUGCGCCAGUUUUUUGACCGAGUGCCCAGCGAGUAUACCUAUCGGAUGCUCUUCUGUUCUUGUAAGGACCAGGCCUGUGCUGAGCGCCGCCGGCAAACUAUUGUCCCUGACUGCUCCUAUGAGGACAAGGAGAAGCCGAACUGCUUGGACCUCCGGAAUCAGUGUCGGUCUGACCCACUUUGUCGGUCAAGACUGGCAGAUUUUCACACAAAUUGUAAAGCAUCUUUCCAGUCACUUACCAGCUGCCCUGGGGACAAUUAUCAGGCGUGUCUGGGUUCCUAUGCUGGCCUAAUCGGGUUUGACAUCACUCCCAACUAUAUAGACUCCAGCACCACCAGCCUCACUGUGUCCCCGUCGUGUUCCUGCCGGGGCAGCGGCAACAUGGAGGAGGACUGCGAGAGGUUCCUGAGAGACUUCACUGAAAACCCCUGUCUCCGAAAUGCAAUUCAGGCUUUUGGCAAUGGCACAGACAUCAGCCAUCCCCCCCCAAAACCCCCGUUGCCCCCCAUCACCCCCUCUCCCAAGAUGGAGAAGAGCCCUUUGCCAGAUGAUAUCAAUGACAGCAACACCAUCUAUGACACGAGUAUGAUCACCACCUGCACCUCCAUUCAGGAACAUGGGCUGAAGCUAAACAAGUCCAAAGAGCAGAGUCCUUGCUUCCCAGAGAAAUCGCUGACCACUGAUCUCAUGCCAGAACAGAAGACGUUUGUGGACACAAAUGGAUCCAGCAGCCGACAUUCCAUCACAGGGACCCUCUCUGCUCUCCCCUUCCUCUUUGUGAAAGUGGCAUUAUAAAAGAAAAAAAUGGAUUGAGGAUGCCCAGGGGGAAACAAAAUGAAACACACAC